AAUUCGGCCUUACUCUUUGGAUUUACUCGCCAACAACGCGCAGUUUGGAAGCUUCCUCUUCUCCUAAUCGCGCGGGGUUACUGGAACUCUCGGCCGCCAGCUUUUCACGCCGCCAACGAUAUUCUCGCCCUAGAAAUUUCCUCUCAUCGUCUUAAAUUUCUCAGUGCGCGCUACUUCGAGCUCAUCAUCACCAUGCCCGACGUUAAGAGGACCGUCAAGCUUGUAACCGAGCAGCACGUCAUUAACAAGGACUCCGGUGUCGAAGGUUUCCCUCUUCGAUCAUGGUCAAUCGAGGUGUAUCUCCUCAAUGAGCAUGGGGAGCAGGUGCCAGCCAAUGUCUUCGACAAGGUGACUUACUCAUUACAUCCUAGUUUCGGAAACCGAGCGACUCAAGUAUUCAAAAACCCACCGUUCAGAAUUCAAGAAGAGGGAUGGGGUGAGUUUGAUAUGCAGAUCGGCCUCACUGCUGCGGACAACAAGGAGCACUUCAUCGCACAUGAUCUCAACUUUGCGCAAUCGCGUUAUGAGUCUAAGCACGUUAUUACGUUCAAGAACCCCAAGCCGGCUUUAUUGGCGGCGCUUCGUGAAUCUGGACCUGUUCCUGGCGAUGAGAACGGAGUGAAGUCGAAGCGCUCUGCAGGUGGAGAAGAAGGAUCCAAGAAGAAGAAGCGAACGGAUAAGAGCGUUGACAUGGAUAAACUAGCCGAUGGUCUCCAGCGACUGGGGGAAGAUGACCUCCUGCAAGUGGUACAAAUGGUACACGAUAAUAAGGCCCCUGAUUCUUACACCAAGAAUGAUGUCGAGCAAGGAGAAUUCCAUGUCGACCUCUAUACACUGCCAGACCCAUUGAUCAAAAUGCUUUGGGAGUUUACACAGGAAAAAGGAGCUCUGUAG